AUGAAAGAGGUUAAAAGUCGUAUGAAAGAGGUUAAAAGUCGUAUGAAAGAGGUUAAAAGUCGUAGGAUAGAGGUUAAAAGUCGUAUGAAAGAGGUUAAAAGUCGUAUUAAAGAGGUUAAAAGUCGUAUUAAAGAGGUUAAAAGUCGUAUGAAAGAGGUUAAAAGUCGUAUGAAAGAGGUUAAAAGUCGUAUGAAAGAGGUUAAAAGUCGUAUGAAAGAGGUUAAAAGUCGUUUGAAAGAGGUUAAAAGUCGUAGGAAAGAGGUUAAAAGUCGUAUGAAAGAGGUCAAAAGUCAUAUGAAAGAGGUUAAAAGUCGUAAGAAAGAGGUUAAAAGUCGUUUGAAAGAGGUUAAAAGUCGUAUGAAAGAGGUUAAAAGUCGUAUGAAAGUGGUUAAAAGUCGUAGGAAAGAAGUUAAAAGUCGUAGGAAAGAGGUUAAAAGUCGUAGGAAAGAGGUUAAAAGUCGUAUGAAAGAGGUUAAAAGUCGUAUGAAAGAGGUUAAAAGUCGUAUGAAAGAGGUUAAAAGUCGUAGGAAAGAGGUUAAAAGUCGUAUGAAAGAGGUCAAAAGUCAUAUGAAAGAGGUUAAAAGUCGUAAGAAAGAGGUUAAAAGUCGUUUGAAAGAGGUUAAAAGUCGUAUGAAAGAGGUUAAAAGUCGUAGGAAAGAGGUUAAAAGUCGUAUGAAAGAGGUCAAAAGUCAUAUGAAAGAGGUUAAAAGUCGUAAGAAAGAGGUUAAAAGUCGUUUGAAAGAGGUUAAAAGUCGUUUGAAAGAGGUUAAAAGUCGUAUGAAAGAGGUUAAAAGUCGUAGGAAAGAGGAUAAAAGUCGUAGGAAAGAAGUUAAAAGUCGUAGGAAAGAGGUUAAAAGUCGUAGGAAAGAGGUUAAAAGUCGUAUUGAAGAGGUUAAAAGUCGUAUGAAAGAGGUUAAAAGUCGUAUGAAAGAGGUCAAAAGUCGUAUGAAAGAGGUUAAAAGUCGUAAGAAAGAGGUUAAAAGUCGUAUGAAAGAGGUCGAAAGUCGUAGGAAAGAAGUUAAAAGUCGUAGGAAAGAGGUUAAAAGUCGUAUGAAAGAGGUUAAAAGUCGUAUGAAAGAGGUUAAAAGUAGUAUGAAAGAGGUUAAAAGUCGUAUGAAAGAGGUUAAAAGUCGUAGGAAAGAGGUUAAAAGUCGUAUGAAAGAGGUUAAAGUCGUAUGA